AUGCAAAUCGCCGAAGUCCUCUCCGACCUAAACUCGCUCCGCGUCUGCGACCCCGCCGCCGCUCUAGCCCUCGUGUCCGCUACCACUACUACCACCACCACUGGCGCCGACACGACGACAACAACAGCGCCAUCGCAAAACACCACCACCACCACCACCACCAAAGACGCCAACGCGAUCGACGCCAACGCGAUCGAUGCCAACGCGAUCGACGCCGCCGCAAAAGACGACGACGACGACGCAGACCUCCAGCGCGCGCGCGACCUGCUGGCGCUGCGGGCGGUGUUCAAGCAAGAGAACGGCGGUGGCAGUGGCAGCAGUGGUGUCGGCGUGGUGGCCGAGUUGGCGUCGUGGAGGGAGGAGGUGAGGAGGCGGAUGAUGGCCGUGGCGGACGAGGGGGGGUUUGGUGGGGUGACGGCGAGGACGGAGGGGGGCCGAGGGGGAGAGGAAGGGGAAGACGACGAGGGGUUUGAGGAUUGGGCUUGA